GACCUGCGCGAGAUGCUGGCCGUGUCGGUGCUGGCGGCCGUCCGUGGCGGCGAAGAGGUGAGGCGCGUCCGCGAGAGCAACGUCCUCCACGAGAAGUCCAAGGGGAAGACGCGCGAGGGAGCGGACGACAAGAUGACCAGCGGCGACGUGCUGUCCAACCGGAAGAUGUUCUACCUGCUCAAGACGGCCUUCCCCAGCGUCCAGAUAAAUACUGAGGAACAUGUGGAUACAACUGAUAAGGAGGUUAUAUUAUGGGAUCAUAAGAUUCCUGAGGAUAUCAUGAAGGAAAUAACCACCCCUAAAGAGGUCCCUGCAGAGAGUGUUACUGUCUGGAUUGAUCCACUUGAUGCUACACAGGAGUAUACAGAGGAUCUUCGACAGUAUGUUACAACUAUGGUAUGUGUGGCUGUAAAUGGUAAACCUGUGCUAGGAGUUAUACAUAAGCCAUUUUCUGAAUAUACAGCUUGGGCAAUGGUAGAUGGUGGUUCAAGUGUGAAACCCCGCUCUUCUUACAAUGAGAAGACUCCAAGGAUCAUUGUAUCUCGCUCCCAUGCAGGGAUGGUCAAACAGAUUGCUCUUCAGACCUUUGGAAACCAGACUACAAUCAUCCCGGCUGGUGGUGCUGGUUAUAAAGUUUUAGCACUCUUAGAUGUGCUUGAUAAGAGCCAAGAAAAAGCUGAUCUAUAUAUCCAUGUGACAUACAUUAAAAAGUGGGAUAUAUGUGCUGGAAAUGCCAUCUUGAAAGCCCUUGGGGGACAUAUGACCACCCUGAGUGGUGAAGAAAUCAGUUACACCGGAUCAGAUGGCAUUGAAGGUGGACUCCUUGCUAGCAUCAGAAUGAAUCACCAGUCUCUGGUCAGAAAACUCCCAGAUCUAGAAAAGACAGGACAUAAAUAAGCAUAAUUGAUUACAGAGUGCAACUUCCAGAGCUGAAAUGGUUAGCCUGAAAUCUGGAAGCUUCAAAGGAUUGGUGGAGACUAUGCAUGGUCACGGCCAUCUCAAACUUUUUAAAGUAUUUAUGAAGCAUCAGAGACUGUAUUUUCCCUCUGAUAGGAUGCAAGAUCAGGGAAAAUGGGUUGCUUCAUGUCUCAAGUAUUGUCUUUAUUUUUGAGACUAUUUUCAUACAGUUGUCAUAUACAAGGCGCAUAUAUAUAUUUGUGAAUUAAAAUCUAUAGCUGAGUCUACAUUGGUAUAUCAUUCACCAUUUUCACACAUCAUGAAUCUUUACUCUUUGUCAAUAUUUUCAUAUAGAACUGAGUUGAAGGAAAGGUUAUGUAUAAAUGUUUAAUUUAAUUUUACAGUUAUAUCAUUGAAAAUAAAUUGGGGAUUUUUAUUCCUAGUUAAGAUAGAAAGCACAAGAAACCACAUAUUCAUUAUUAUGUAACAAACGCUGUAUUCAUGUUACUGAAUAUUUCUAUGGAUUAAACUAGAAAAAGUUUAAGUUGAUAUUUUUCUUUGAAAUUUUAAUAACAGGUUCACCAGCUAGUAGAUAUAUAGACAAAUAAUAGUUUCAUUGUAUUUGUAAUGUUCCCUUGUGUGUGUUUUGCUUUGUUUUGUCUUUAUAAAGAGAAGUGUUUGUACUCAUAGGUUCUGCAUUUCUGCCAUGUUACUGUUCAUUUUAUUUUACCUGUGGAAAAUGCAUGGUGCCAUCCUUUCCCUCCUGAUCAGCAUUUAAUUCUUAACUCGUAUGGUCUGGUUUUAGGUUUCUGGGUUAGUAUUUACAGUUUUGGUACAUUUUCUCAUUAGGGAAAUAAUAUACUGUAAGGCACUGUAAGACUAGACAUGACUCUAAUUGAAAGUUACUUGACACAACAUGGUUUGCGUUUGUUUUUAUUAUUUUCAGGAACUUUGUUUUAUAAGUUUUAAAAGAUUUACCAGGUUUGUAUAUCAAGAAUCUCUCAAUAUCAAGAAUGAGUACAGUUGCUUUUGCUGUGGUUGCUUUUACUGUUAAUAAUUAUAUCUAACUUAAACAAACUCUCAAAGUAGUGACUUUAGAGAUAUUCUGUAGUUUCCCAUCAGCUUAUAAUAAUAAAAAUUAAAGUUUUUUUUUUUUUCAUUGUGGUGCUGGGGAUAGAUCCCAAAUAAUCAGUGUUGUUAGGCAAGUGCUUUGCUGAUGAAGUAUAUCCACAGUCUCAGACUUACUUCUUAAUGAAUUUUUUUUUUGUUUAGCAGAAACUGGUUGGAAAAAAGUUGUGAUGCAUUCAUUGUGUUGCCUUAACAACAACCUUUUUUCAUGGGCUUUUACUGGAACUGGUGGUAUUUCUCAUUGUAAUAUCUAGAAACGUCAUGUAAACAUACAGUACUCUUAUUUCAUGUGGCUUCAUUGCCUUUGUAUUCUCUAACACUAAUAGGGUUUUUUUCUUUCCUUUAAAAAAAUUUUAACCCUAAGAUAGCUAUUUAUGUCCUAUCUUCAAGGUAAUAUAGGACAAAGAAUGUACAAACUAGCCUGAUAGCAGUGCAUACUUUAUUUAGUUUUGCAUGUUACAGUCUCUAAGGCCCUUUAACUCCUCAUUUGUGAGCUGAAUCUAGUAUGCCCCAAAUGUUUCCAUUCAGUUUCUAGCACCUGGUCACAAAUGCACUAGGUAGGAUUUUGUUCAGAGAAAGUUCAUUUAUAAAGUUCUAGUAGUUGGAACACUUGGUAUUUAAAAGAGAACUUGGGAAUUUUGAAAAGAAUAUAAGACUUCAUCAUUUUACUUCAAAAUCCUUUUUCUCAGGAAAGAAGACAAAGGCAUAUACUGUUAUCAAAAACCUGUGGUAUAAGCAUUUGUUUUAAUUAUAAUACAAAAGGAAAUGGAGCUCACAAAUAAAUGGAAUUUAUUAGAGUUUAAAAAUACUAUGAGAAAAUUUUGAUUUAGCAGAAGCAACACUCUACUAGCAAGCGUGGUUGCUUUAAUUUCAUUUUUAAGAAAGUAUUUUUAUCUCAGAUCAGCUGUGACCUCUGAAGAGUUAUUAUCAUUACUUUUCAUAACAGGAUGUGAAGGAUGUGUGUUUUAUGCAAAAAUCAAAAUACUGGCUGAGAAUUAAAUACAUUAUUUUUAUAAUUUGGGGGGUAUAGUCUAGUUACUAAUUAUUUGUAAGUACUUUUAUAGAAAGUUCAUUUUUAAAAUUUUAUUUCUAAGAGCCAUUAUACAUUACAAGGAACAGUAUUUAUAUUUAUUUAUAUGACACAUGAUUGUGCUAGACCAUACUAGUAACACACUUUCAUAAGUGAGGCAUGUGAUAUCUCCUCAAAUUACAUAAAAUUAAUUUUAAAACAUAGAAGAACAUGUACAGUAUGCUUUUAGUGACUCUUGCCUCCUCAAAUUCCUGGUCUUGCUUUCAUCUCUUUAUUUAGAGGAUAUUUUUCAUUUAAAACAGUUUAUUUAGAGGAUAUUUUUCACUUAAAACUGAGUUUUUAUGCAUCAUAUUGGAAGCAGUAACAUCAAUAACCUCAGCCACCAUCAGUAAUUCUCUCCUCUUUUCCUUUUCAUCU